AUGACAGGCCCAGACCCAGCUUCCAUCCUCCGUCGUAAGCUUAACCUCCCAGAAAACAUCCCUAUCACCCUCUCUGCUUUGCCAGACUAUGCAGCAGAUAUGAGGCCAAGUGUGCCACUCCCCCUUCUUAUUGAGGUGGCAAUUUACGAGAGCGAGACCAAGAGACUGACAUUGAAGGAAAUAUACUCAGCAAUUGAAGGACGCUAUGAGUUUUUUCGAGGAGGGCCAUCUAACGCUGCUUGGAAGUGUUCAAUUCGACAUGCCCUGUCACUACGCCUAGUUUUUCAACAACUUGACAGGCCACUCCAGGUAUCUGGCAAGGGAAGCUACUGGACCCUGGACUAUUCGAGAGGAGAAGGAACCAAGCGGCAUCGUAAACACCACCCUGGGGAUUCAGAGGAUGAUUCUGAUGAUAAGAUCAAAGCAGGCAAGACAGAUGUUAAAUCUGCAAGUGAGAGUCAAUAUAAGCAGCAGCAGUAUGAGCAGCAGCAAUACCAGCGCCACCAGGAACUUUCCCACCCACCAGUAUAUAUCCAGAAGUCAUUAGCACAAUACCAAGCUGAGCACAGCAACCACCUCCACAUCAAUACCGUCACUCAGAUUAAACAAGAGCCUUCUCCUUCUCCAACACCGUCUCCCAGUAGCCAGAGCUCUCGUUCUAGUGACGGUUUUGGCACACCAUCACAAGAACCUCUUUACCCUCGCCAAUACCAUCAACCAGCCCCAGUGAAUCUUUUUGCACCACCUUCCAAUCCUCUACCCUCUCAAUCAAACAUGUACCCCGCUGGUUACCAGCAGACUCACAGAACGCUUGCGCAUUCUCGUUCCUGGACCCCGCAGGAGUUCCAGCAAGGGUCAAGUCAUGAUAUGCCUAUCCGGCCUGUUGGAGUUUGGAAUACUGCUCAUGGUCAGCAUCAGCAACAGCUGGUGGAUCCAAGACUGUUGAGGGCGCCAUAUUUGACCCUGUUUGGCCAGGGACAGGGUACACCACCAAGCAGUGAGGAGGAAGAUAAGCAAUGGCAUUAUCAGAGCCAAGGCGGGCAUAGGCAGUUAUGA